CAGCCUCUGAAAUGAGUAACACAUGACAGCUGUUUUUCUUUCAGUUGUUUGUCAGGCUGGAGAGGUGAACACAACCUUAAGAUAAUGAUUGUGGUCAAGUUUCGAGUGGUUGCGGUGGUCUUUUUUCUAAACUUCCUCUGGACUUUUGUCAAUUGUGAUGUAGCUGUCUCCUGUGAUUUGAAGGAAAACUGCAUCUUACCAUGUCAGUUUGAGCCUGGUCCUGAAGAGGUCAUCCACUGGAUGAAAGAAAACAUUCCUGUCCACUCAUUUUACUACAACAAAGAUCAGCUUGGAAACCAGGACCAGCGCUUCAAAGGCAGGACGUCAAUCUUUAAGGACCAGAUCUCCAAAGGAAAUGCUUCAUUACUGCUGAGAGAUGUGAAUUUUCAGGAUGAGGGCAGAUACAGGUGCUACACCAGCACCACCAGAGGAAACAAAGAGUUGUUCAUCCACCUGACUGUGGACGUUCCAGUCCAAAAAGUUUACAUUGAGCAGUCAGGAGAAAGCAUCAUCUGCAGGUCAGAGGGGAUCUACCCUGAACCUACACUCACCUGGUCUACAGAUCCUGAAUCUUCUUCCUCCAUUGAGUCAAAACCCAGUGUCCAGCAGAACGGACAACUUUACAGCAUCAGCAGUUCUCUGACACGCUCAGAAAUUGAUGCUGGUUUAAAUUAUAUCUGCACUGUCAGCACAAAAAAAAGCAGAAGAACAGCAACUUUAUUUAAACUGACUACUGUCACUGGUUCUGAGUCUGAAAGAACAAUCCAGUGCUCUGACUCAAAAACCCCUGUAACUCGUUUCAUCUGGAGAUUCAACCACAGUCAGAUCAUCGCGACACAGAGUGAAGCUGGGGGAUCUUACACAGCUUCAGAGGAGUGGAGGCCGUAUGUGAAGAGUGUUUCAGAGACAGGAAGCCUCACACUACAAAACUUAUCUACAGAUAAGAAAGGAAUAUACACGUGUGAACUCAUUAAUGUUGAUGAGACACUAAUAAAAAACACCUUUCUUCAGAUUACAGAAGAGAAAUCAAAUAGUAAUGACAUCAUCAUAGGCGUGGUGGUGGUUGGAGUAGUUGCAGUUAUUGCUGCCGUGGUGCUGCUGCUUGUCUGCAAAAACAAAACAGCCAAGAAAAACAAAAAUAAGGAUAACAAGAAAAAUGAAAAAGAAAGCACACCUGCUGAAAAGAAGAGUUUGAAAAGCUGAGUGAGAAGUGAAUCUGUGAUUUAAUGCCCGCAAAUCUCUAAUGGAGCCACUAAUGAGAAACCAAAGAUGAUGAUGGACAGAGGUCGGACAGCUGAAGUGAAGUUUUUUUUCGUAAAAAUAAAAAGUAUUCAGACUGAAUGCUUUCAGUCACAGUUUUAAAGACUUAACCAAAGGUUGCUGUAUCUACACUGUUUUAUGAAGGAGAAAGACACAUUGUACUUUGCACAAAAUGGGUACAAGACAUAAUUCUACAGUGCAAAAUGCUCUACUACAUUUCCUUGAUGGGAGAGACUUGACAGACAGGAUUAUAGUGACUGAGUAAUCACAGAUUCUUGAAAACUCAACAUUUGGGGUACUUUCUCAUUCUUUUUACUAAUUCUUGUUAAUGGAUUUUUUUUGUGCACAUAUAGGCACGUCGACAAGAUGAAAAUAAUAUAGAACAAAAAAAAGAAUCAACUACGUCCUCUUAUUAAACUCUUGAUGCUAAGCCGUCUGGGGUGAACAGAAAUUACAGUUUUCUCCUGGAGUAUCCAUCCUACUUCCAUCCAUAGCUACUUAUUCCAGCAACUACUGGGCAAGAAGCAGGGACAGAUCACUAAUCUAAUGUAGGGCUAACACAGAGAGACAAACCACCAUUCACACUGGGAUUCAUACCUAUACACAAUUUAGAAUUAGCAAUUAACCUAACCCGACUAACUGCAUGCCUUUGGACUGUUGGAGGAAGCUGGCGUACCCAGAGAGAACCCUUUAUAACACAGGGAGAACAUGCAAACAACCCUUUCACAUCUUAUUCAGUUGAGGCAACACUGCUAACCAUUGCACAACCAUGCUGUCCUCUCUUGGAGUGAAUAGAACAAAAUUUUAUGCUGUAAAAUUGGAGAUGAAAACCAAUUUUAAGAUUGCAGAAUUACUCAUUUGACUUUGUGAGAAAGCAAUGUGGGAAACACACUUUGCCGCACCUGCUGUUACUCUUUAUUUGUAUUUGCUGAUUACUGUUUACAUGUAUUUGAUAUAUGGAUGUAAAUGGAGAUUUUAGGAGUUAAAUGAAGUUCAGUCUUUGUGUGAGACAUAAUCUGACUGCAGUCCGAUUAAUGUUGUACAUAUUACAGAGACAUAAUGUUGCAGUGAAAGCUCCUCCUUGUGGAGCUACAGCUAUGAGUAUGCAAAAACUACUACUGCAAUCAGCUAGUUUGGCUUGCAGAUCUAGAAGUUCGGUGAACAGAUGAAUAAUGAAGCCGGAAAAACAAAACCCUCCUCUGGGAGAAAUACUUUAUAUUAUAUAUUUAAAAUGAAUAAUGACAAGUUGAUCAGUCAGUUUCAUGGUCACUUCCAUUCUUUGCUUGUUAUGUUUGGAUUCAAAACACUAAGAUUGCAACAGCUCAAUAUCAUGGAAGCAUCCAUGUUUCAGAUAUACAGUCUAUGCUGAAAAGUUCACUCUGAAAACAGCAUAAUAAAUAAAAAACAAACAAAACAACAAUAGCUGUCACAUGAUUGAAUACAAAACAAAACCAAACACUAAAUGCAAAUCCUUUCAGAUCUUCAUUCUUCUUCUCUUUUUACAAAUAUGCCUGAAACACAACAAGAACUUUUACACAUUGGACAAGUUUUUUGAAAAUAUCUUAUUAUUUAUGACUGUAAAAGUAAAGAUUUUCUCAUUUUCUCUUCCUUCUCUUGCUGCACCCUUAAGAUGACUAAUUAAAUUACUUAUUUAAUUAGAUUACUAAUUAAACAAUGAAUUACAAGCACAACUACUGUUUAAAUGUAAAUAGUAUUAGCUUUGAUUUUUGUGUUUUUAAAUUUUAACAACUUCAGAGAGAAUUAUUCAUUACAUUUUGCAAAAAAAUUCUCUCUGAUCUUAAAUAUGUGAUAAUUAUUAAAAUAUUUUUGGAAACCCUUGUUUUUUUUAUUUGUUUCUAUACGUGCACUUAAGGUUUAAUUAUAAAGUGUUUAAACGUACUCAGAGAGGGUAACCAAGACAAAUUGUUUUCAGUCUUUUGCAAAAACACUGGAUUACUGGAUUCUGAGAGCUCAUUCUGACCCAAAUAUUAAAAUUAGGGUAAAUUCACUUAUCUCAUCUUGAGAUUCAGCUACAACCAGAUUAUUAUGACACAAAGCUAAGGGAGCUUACACAGUGUCAGAUGAAUGGGGGCAAUGUGUGAAGGAUGAUCCAGAGUCAGAGAGCUUCAUACUGUAGCGCUUAUCUUCAGAUCAGUAAGAAAUGUUUGCAUGUGGACUCACAAAUGCUGACAAGACAUUUAAAACAAACACCUUUCUUGAAGUUAUAUACAAUAGUAUCAAAUCAUUUAAAAAGCAAACAAACAUGGAUAUUCCAUUAUACAUUUAAGGUCAAGAAAAUGUUCCACGAAAGAUUUUAUCAGUCAACUGUUGUGAAAAUCUGAAAUAAAGUGAGGUGAACACAACCAGUUUGUACUUGGGUUUUACAAAGAAGUCAAACAACAGUAGAGACAGUAUGACAACAGCCUGCAUGUUUUUUGAACAAAGAAGAAUUACAGCAUGGAUUCAUUAACAAUCAUUCAGGAUAUUUCAGCAUUUAAUUGUGCAGCUCUGGGAUAAAAACAGAUUUUCAGACUGUUUGUCCUUGUUUUAAUUGAUCUGCAGAAACUGCUUGAUCUAUUAUGGUAUUAUGAUGAAACAUAAUAGGUGAAUUAUGUUUCAUAUGCUGCUUUAGUCUUCUUAAUAAUUCAAGUAUGUAGGGUAUAUGCCACAGGCAGGAGUAAGGGAACUUAGUAUAAGUAUUAAUGCCUUUGCACAUUGGACAAGUAAAAUUUCUGUAAAUAUUUUGUGUUUAAAAAUAUUCUUCAGUCUCACCUAUUGUUAAUGUGGCUAUUCACAAUGACUCCGUAAUUUCACAGGACAUAUUUGUGACAUUUGUUUUUUGAAUGAAGCUUGAUUUUUCCUGAUAUAUAAACACUGCUCAAAAAAUAAAAAGAACACAAAAAUAAGA